AUGAAGAUAUUGAGGUUGAGCAUCGGAAAGAAGAGGAGGUGGUAUUGUGUAAAACGCGUAGCUUUUUCUUCCCUUUACUCAUUCUUAUAUAUAUAUAUGUUAUUCUCACUUUCCUUCGCACAAGAAUCUUCACUCCACCCAACUGCGCACAGGUGUGUGAAGUUGUUUAAGUUUAUACUUUGCGUGACGCACGUGUUCCACAACGUUACUGUAUGGUUGUUUUCGUUACUUGUUCUCGUCCAAGUUGUUUUGCUUUUCACAAUUUUGCAGUUACUCCAAAGUAAGACUCUCCUUGAAAGUGGGAAAAAAGCAAACAAACAAGAAAAAGAUAACAAUAGCAAUAUAAUAGUAAAGUAG